UCUUUUUGGAGAUUUAGAGGGAUUUCAAUAUAGAUUUAGGAAUAAUAAUUUAUAAGAGUAGGUAAGCUCGGUAAGAAUUCUUUUUUUUGUUCUGUUUUUAUUUUUUAGUUUUGAUUAGUUAGUUGUCACUGUCACCGUCAUACGUCAUGUGUCAUGUCAUGUUUACUUCCAUUUUGUGUUUGUGAACCCACCGUAUGUUUUAUAUUGCGAAAUUGCAAAAUUGUAAUAAAAAGUACAUUAAUAUUAAAUAUUUUAAUAAUAUUUAACUUAUUGAUCUCGAAGAAAGGUAAUAUUACAUAGGGAGUAAACUCAAUAAGUGAUAACGUGCAUCUCAUUACGAACUGAUAGUAAACAAGCCUGUGAAAUGAUCUAUCGUUGUUCACGGAAGACUGUGUGGCAAGCAGAGAUUGGAUGCUGGUGAGAAACGUUGGAGCAUUGAGCCCUUAAGCUGGAGAGACUAAACCUCGAUAUGGACGGCAACGGGGAGCCGGAGCAGGAGCGUUCACCAUUAGGUGUGGACAACAGUGCUGCAGAAGGAGAUGGGGACAGGGGCAGGUACAGCACCCUGAUGCGGUGCGCGUCGCAGUCGUCGCUGGACGAGUCGUCGCAGCGCGCGGCGGCGGCGGCGGCGGUGGCGGCCGGCGGCGGCGUCCACAGCACCGCGCACGCCGCCGCGCUGCUCUCCACGCUGGCCGGCCUGCGCCGCGACGGCACGCUCGCCGACGUGCGCCUGCAGGCGCAGGCGGAGAGCGUGCCGGCGGAGGGGGCGGCGGCGGCGGGGACGGCGGGGACGGCGGGGACGACGGGGACGACGGGGACGACGGGGACGACGGGGACGACGGCGGCGGCGGAGGCGAAGGCGGCGGGCGGCGUGUGGGCGCACCGCGCCGUGCUGGCGGCCGCGUCGCCGUACUUCCUCGCCAUGUUCACGCAGUUCGACGAGCGCACGCGGCCCGUCGUCACUAUACAGAAUGUGGAGCCUGAAGCCCUGGAAGCUAUCAUCGAGUACAUUUACAUGCCGGAAUCGCUCGUUAUUACGGAGGAUAACGUGCAGGCGCUGCUGUCGGCGGCGUCGCUGCUGCAGGUGGCGGGCGUGCGCGCGGCGGCGUGCGGCUUCCUGGCGGCGGCGCUGGCGCCCGACAACGCGCUCGGCAUCCGCGCCUUCGCCGACCUGCACGCCUGCCGCCAGCUGGCGCUCGCCGCCGCACGCUACGUGCACGACCACUUCGUCGAGGUGCUCGAGACGGAGGAGUUCCUAGCGCUGUCGGCAGACGUGCUGGCGCAGCUGCUGGACAGUGACCGCAUCACUGUCCCCAACGAGGAGGUCGUCCUCGAUGCCGUCGUGCGCUGGAUGCAGCACGACCCAGAGGCGCGCGCGGCGUCGCUGGGCAUGCUGCUGGAGCACGUGCGGCUGCCGCUGCUGCCGCAGGAGCGGCUGGUGGCCCGCGCCGCCGCCGAGCCGCUGGCCGGCGCCGGGCUGCGCGUCAAGGACCUGGUCAUCGAGGCGCUGUCCUACCACCUGCUGCGGCCCGAGCGGCGCGCCGCCGCCGCCGCCGCCAGCCGGCGCGCGCGGCCGCGCCGCCCGCCGCGGCCGCCGCGCGCGCUGCUCGUGGUGGGCGGCCAGGCGCCCAAGGCCAUCCGCGACGUGGAGCUGUGCCGCCUCGACGCCGCCGCCUGGCGCGCCGCCGCGCCGCUGCCCGCGCGCCGCUGCCGCGCCGGCCUGGCCGUGCUCGGCGGCAAGGUGUACGCCGUCGGCGGCUUCAACGGCACGCUGCGCGUGCGCAGCGUGGACGUGUACGACGUGGCGAGCGACUCGUGGUCGGCCGGGCCGCCGCUGGGCGCGCGCCGCUCGACGCUGGGCGUGGCCGUGCUGGGCGGCGUGCUGUACGCCGUGGGCGGCUUCGACGGCGCCGCCGGCCUCAGCUCGGCCGAGGCGCUGGACCCGCGCCACGGCGCCUGGCGGCCCGUCGCCUCCAUGGCCACGCGCCGCUCGUCGGUCGGCGUGGCCGUGCUCGACGGCCGCAUCUACGCCGUCGGCGGCUACGACGGCGCCUCGCGCCAGUGCCUGCAGACCGUCGAGAGGUACGACCCCGCGGCGGACGCGUGGGAGGCGGCCGAGCAGAUGGCGGCGCGGCGGUCGGGCGCGGGCGUGGGCGUGCUGGGCGACACGCUGUACGCGGUGGGCGGCCACGACGGGCCGGCCGUGCGCCGCUCGGUCGAGCGCUACCGCGCCGGCCGCGGCUGGCAGCCCGCGCCGCACAUGCACUCGGCGCGCCGCAACGCCGCCGUCGCCGCGCACCAGGGCCGCCUCUACGUCGUCGGCGGCGACGACGGCGCCGCCAACCUCGACACCGUCGAGGUGUUCGACCCGGCGACGGACACGUGGACGAUGCUGAGCGGCAGCAUGUCGGUGGGCCGGUCGUACGCGGGCGUGGCGGUGGUGGACCUGCCCGCCUGAUGCCCGCCCGCGCCGCCGCGGCCGCCGCCCGACGACCCGCGCCACCCGCGCCACCCGCCCUACGACGACCCCGCGCCGCCGUACGCCCACAUGCACGCACACGCCGAGCCCGGAUACGCAAACGUGGGUCUGUACGCGGGCGCGGCGGCGGCGGGCGAGGCGGCGGGCGGCGGCGUAGUCGGCGGCGGCGGCGGCGGCGGCGGCGGCGGCGCGCCGCGCUGGCGGGCACUGUACGCGCGGCGCGCGCU